AAUUAAUGGAUUUUUAAUUAUUUCUAGUAUAAAAGAUAGUGUUAGUACUGGUUCGAAUCAUUCAGAGUAGUGUUUGUGAAUCGAAAACAAUCAUGAAGGUUUUGAUUCUCGUAGCUCUGGCCUGCGUGGCCAUCGAGGCCAAGCCCUUCGGAGUGCCCGCCGCCGUCGGCUUGGGCGCUGCCGCCGUUAUGGGCCCGGCCGUCGGCUUGGGCGCCAUGGGGGCUUUGGGCGCCGGUGCGGGCUUGGGCGCCGGUGCGGGCUUGGGCGCCGCGGCGGGCUUGGGCAGCGGCUACCAACAGGGCGGCGGAUUCCAGCAGGGCGGCGGCUACGGCCAGUCCGGCUUCGGACAGGGCAACAGCGGCUUCGGACAGCAAGGGUACCAGCAGGGCGGCGCGAUGGGCGGCCACGAUAGGGGACACCACGAAAAGAGCUUCACCUCGAUCCAGCAAGGCCACGAGUCCUCCGGCCACGACGUCGGCGGCGGCUCGCAGUUCGGCUCAAGUGGCGGCAGCAUGGGCGGCUUCAACAACUACGCCGGCGGACAGAACGCUUACGGCGGCGGGUACGCCGGCGGCGGCUUCGGCGCCGGCGGCUACAUGGGCUUCAAGGAGGAGGAGGAUAAGGACGCCCCCGCCGUAAAAGUUUGAUUUAAUUGCGUCUUUGAAAUAAAAGGCAUUA